UUAGGGUGAAGAACUAAAAGACAUCAAAGGUGAGAUUAAAGGUGAAGAAGAAGAGACGUUGGUGAGUGGAGAUCAGCAGUCUAUGGAGGAGGGGGAGAUAUUUACGGAAUGUAAACAGGAGGAAUCUUCUCUACAUAUGGACACAACAGAUGACCAUAAUGUCCGGAAUACGUCUGAGGAAUCUUCUGAUAAAUCGCAUACCAGGACUCUAAGAUCUCACAGUAGAAAUACUUUAAUAGAUCCGUCUAUUCCCGAGGAAUCUUCUUCAGGGCAGGAAGAAGAUCACAUAGAAGAGAGUUCAUUCUUGUGUUCAGUGUGUGGGAAACUUUUCACAAAUAAGACAGACCUUCUUAAACACAAGAAAUGUCACACUGCUGAGCGUCCCUAUUCAUGUUCAGAGUGCGGGAAAUGUUUCACUCUGAAAAACAAUCUUAGUAGACACCAGAAACUUCACACGGGUGAGUGUCCCCUUUCGUGUUUAGAAUGCGGGAAAUGUUUCACUAGCAAACAAAUCCUUCUUACACACCAGAACAGCCAUAUGGGUUUGCGUCCCUAUUCAUGUUCAGAGUGCGGGAAAUGUUACACUAGCAAACAAAACCUUCAUAUACACCGGUAUAGUCACACUGGUGAGCGUCCCUUCUCAUGUUCAGAGUGCGGGAAAGGUUUCACUGUAAAAGAAAAACUUUUUAGACAUAAAAAAAGUCACACAGGUGAGCAUCUUUUUCCAUGUUCAGAGUGUGGGAAAUGUUUCACUACCAACCAAAGUCUUCUUACACACCAGUACAGGCAUACGGGUGAGCGUCCCUAUUCAUGUUCAGAUUGCGGGAAGUGCUUCACUAGCAAACAAAACCUUCUUACACACUGGUACAGUCACACGGGUGAUCGUCCCUUCUCGUGUUCAGAGUGCGGGAAAGGUUUCACUGAGAAAAGAAAUCUUAUUAAACACCAAAAGCUUCACACGGGGGAGCGUCCCUAUUCAUGUUCUGAGUGCGGGAAAGGUUUUAUUGUGAAAGCAAGCCUUCUUGUGCACCAGAGAGAUCACACGGGUGAGUGUCCUUAUACAUGCUCGGAGUGUGGGAAAUGUUUCAAAUGGAAAUAUUCAUUCGAUAUACACCAGAAGCUUCACACAGGUGAGCGUCCCUAUUCAUGUUUAGAGUGCAGGAAAUCUUUUAGGUCGAAAGGAAACCUUGUUUAUCACCAGAGAAUUCACACAGGUGAGCAUCCUUAUUCAUGUUCAGAGUGUGGGAAAUCUUUCUCACAGAAAGGACCCCUUGUGUAUCACCAGAGAAUUCACACAGGUGAGCGUCCUUAUUCAUGUUCAGAGUGCGGGAAAUCUUUCACGUCAAAAGGAAACCUUGUGCAUCACCAGAAAGUUCACAAGGGUGAGCGUCACUCGUGUUCAGAGUGCGGGAAAUCUUUCACGACAAAAGGAAACCUUGUGCAACACCAGAGAACUCACAUAAGAGGUGAAGAACUAAAAGACAUCAAAGAUCAGAUCAAGGAGGAAGAAGAAGAGACGUUGGGUGAAGAACUAAAAGACAUCAAAGUUGAGGAUAAAGAGGAAGAAGAAGAGAGGUUGGUGAGUGGAGAUCAGCAGUCUAUGGAGGAGGGGGAGAUGAUUAUGGAAAGUAAACAGGUGGAAUCUUCUCUACAUAUAGACACAACAGAUGACCAUAAUGUCCGGAAUACGUCUGAGGAAUCUUCUGAUAAAUCACAUACCAGGACUCUAAGAUCUCACAGUAGAAAUACUUUAAUAGAUCCGUCUAUUCCCGAGGAAUCUUCUUCAGGGCAGGAAGGAGAUCACACAGAAGAGAGGUCAUUGUCAUGUUCAGUGUGUGGGAAACUUUUCACAAAAAAGAGAGACCUUCUUAGACACAAUAAAUGUCACACUGCUGAGCAUCCCUAUUCAUGUUCAGAGUGCGGGAAGUGUUUAACUAGCAAACAAAACCUUCAUAUACAUCAAAGAAGUCACACGGGGGAGCGUCCUUAUUCAUGUUCAGAGUGCGGGAAAGGUUUCUCUGUGAAGGCAUCCCUUGUUAUACAUCAGAGAAUUCACACAGGUGAGAGUCCCUAUUCAUGUUCAGAGUGCGGGAAGUGUUACAUUAGCAAACAUAACCUUCUUACACAUCAGUACAGUCACACGGGUGAGCAUCCCUUCUCAUGUUCAGAGUGCGGGAAAGGUUUCACUGCAAAAGGAAAACUACUUAGACAUAAAAAAAGUCACACAGGUGAGCGUCCCUAUUCAUGCUCAGAAUGUGGGAAAUGUUUUACUACCAAUCAAAGUCUUCUUACACACCAGAAUAGCCAUACGGGUGAGCAUCCCUAUUCAUGCUCAGAAUGUGGGAAAUGUUUCAUGUCGAAAGGAAGCCUUGUGUUUCAUCAGAGAGUUCACACAGGUGAACGUCCUUAUUCAUGUUCAGAGUGCGGGAAAUCUUUCACGUCAACAGGAAACCUUGUGUAUCACCAGAGAGUUCACACGGGUGAACGUCCCUAUUCAUGUUCAGAGUGCGGAAAAUCUUUCUCACAGAAAGGAGACCUUGUGUGUCACCAGAGAGUUCACACAGGUGAGCGUCCUUAUUCAUGUUCAGAGUGCGGGAAAGGUUUCUCUGUGAAGGGAUCCCUUGUUAUACAUCAGAGAGUUCACACAGGUGAGCGUCCUUAUUCAUGUUCAGAGUGCGAGAAAUCUUUCACGACAAAAGCAAACCUUGUGCUACAUCAGAGAGUUCACACAAGAUAACGACCUUUGUCAUGAUAACAGUGGUGUGUUGGGGGAGGGGCAGAAUAUAUUUAAUGUUUUUCGGGUUCGGUUUGAUAGAUCUGAGUCUGCAGGGAUUGAAUUCUAGUAAUAUGAUCCUCUAAACAUACAGUGAUGACUCGGUCCCGCACUCACACAGACCGCACCAUACAACUAAACUGUGCUAAUACAUGGCCAGAUAAGACAAUACAUGGACAACACUUCUUAUUGGUUGAUAUCGGUUUCUGUACAUUAUUGUUCUUUUUAUGUUUUAUUGAAGAAGCCGGCUUCUCAUUGGUCCAACCAAUAAUUCAUUUUUAUUUUUGUUUAUUAUCUUCAAUUAUACAUUUUUUGAUUUAGAUUCUAGCUUAGUUUUUUUAUUGUUUAUUAACCACUUGAAGACCGCCAUGUUAUUCCCCCUUCCUGUAUGCGCCAUUCUUUAAUUUUUAGCACAGUGAUAUUUGACUGACAAUUACUCGGUCAUACAACACUGCACCCAAAUGAAUUUUAUAUCAUUUUUAUGAGACAUGUAAAGCGUUCUUUUUAGUUGUGUUUCUACACCACUUUUACUAUACAGUAUAAUGGAAAAGAGACAAAAAAAAUUUGAAUAAAAAGCAUUUUUCUUAGUUUCUCUCAUAAAAAAAUGCUAAUUAAUAUUAAUUCUUCAUUAAUUUAGAGAAACAUUUAUUUAUCUACAUUUCUUUGGUAAAAUACAAAGCAAAUCAGUGUAUAUCAUCUACUCUGUGUGAAAGUUAUAGUCUUCAAACUAUGGUAUAUAUAUUUGAAAAUGAAUCAAUUCUGAUGUUCUGAUGGCCUAUCUCAAUUCUUGGGGCCCUAAAGUAGACAGUCCAAUGUAUUUAGUAAGAGGCAUGCAAAGUUUUUGGAUGCUGUAAGUUUUUGCCACAAUCUUUUU